AUGUCCGAUUUGCCAUUGUUGAAUUCAAAAGAGGUGCUAAUCAUAUAUGGUGGUGUUUGUUGUUUAUUAUACGUCGGAACAGACGGUUUUCAUCUUGAAGCGCCAUUUGUUAUGAUUAUGCCAACACUUUCAUUAAUUAUGCUUACGCUAAUAUUACGUAUGAAAAAGACAACCAAACUAUUUACUUCGUUAACAUUUAUGGUUUUUGCUCUCGCUGUAUAUUUACACUCAUCACAUUGGAAUAAUAAUUUACAAACAAUUUGUUGUCUAUUUACGAUGGCACAUAUUUUAUACAUAUUACCAUUUAUUUUAUCUAUUCGACGGUUGUGGUUUGGAUGUGCGGCAGUGAUAACAAUUUAUGUUGGCGCUUUCCUCUAUUUCUGCUUUGUCGAUUUAUUUUUGUCUAUACCAGUUCUGAUCCUUAAUCUUUCUUUUCAUUUUAUUAUACUCGCAAUUUCUUUAAUUACUGCUGGAUCAAUUUGGUAUUACGGAUCUGAACAAGAAAAUAAGCAAGAGGACGCUUUACUGAGAUUUUUGGGUUUGCUAUCAUUUAUGGCUCUUGCUAGUUUGCUAAUAUUGAAUCGAUUUGGAAGUCGCAUUGACGGAUUCAAUUACAUAACUACCGCAUUAUUUUAUAUCGGUCAACUAUUAUUGUUUGUUGCAAAUCAACAAAUCAUCUGA